AUAGCAUAUAGAAAACCCCUAGUGCCGUAUUAUCUCGACUUCUUCCAUAGUUCCAUAGCUUCCUACCGGAAACGAAAAAUAGAGAUGGACUUCUCUGAAUUCAUCGCCAACCAAACGGACGCCUCCUUAAUGUUUGCAAAGCACGUCUUCUUCGACGUGGUCAAAGGAGAUGGCAACUUUGUUGUGUCUCCCCUCUCCAUUAACAUCUUGUUGGGUAUGGCCGCCGCCGGCUCUACCGGCGAAACACGCCGCAGCCUUCUCUCCUUCCUCAAGUCCGAUUCCACCACUGAUUUCGAUGCUUUUGCCUUCCACGCCCUCACCAAUAUUCUUGCUGACGCCAGUCAUCUCGGCGGCCCCAGUCUGUCGGCGGCUAACGGCGUUUGGAUGGAGCAAACUCUCUCUUUUAAGCCCUCCUAUAAAGAUCUUUUGGAAAAAUCUUAUGACGCCGUUUCUCAAUCUGUUGACUUUCGUACCAAGACAAGUGAAGCAGUUGAUGCUGUGAAUUUGUGGAUUGAGAAAAAAACCGGUGGCGUUAUAAGAAAUGUACUUGAUAAGAGUAAAGUUACUCCUCUGACAAGCAUCAUCCUUGCAAAUGCACUAUACUUUAAGGGGAAUUGGGAUGAGGAGUUUAACGAAAAGUAUACAAAAGAAAGAGAUUUUUACCUCAUGAAUGGAACAUCUGUCAAAGUGCCCUUUAUGACUACUGGUAAGAAGCAAUGGGUGAAAGCAUACGAUGAUUUCAAAAUCUUGUGUUUACCGUACUUGCAAGAUAUAGAUGUGAAUCAGCAAUUCUCCAUGUAUUUCGUCCUUCCUAAUGCAAAUGAUGGUCUACCAUCUCUGAUGGACAUCAUCACUAAAGACUCCGGCUUUCUUGAGCACCACAAUCCGAACAAGCUAGUUAGAGUGGGUGAGUUUCACAUACCGAAAUUCAAUAUAACUUUCGAUUUUGAUGUUUUGAGUGUUUUGGAGAAGCUCGGCGUGCAGUUUUCCCACGGCGGUCUUGACGAAAUGGUGGUCAACAUGGAGGAGAGCCCCACUGUUUCAUACAUUACCCAUAAGUGUGUUGUCGAUGUUAAUGAGAAAGGAACAAAAGCUGUUGCCGCUAGUAUGAUGGGGUGCAGAGUGGGAUGCGCACGUCCUAGGGUUGAAGAAGAGAAAGUAGACUUUGUAGCGGACCAUCCGUUUGUCUUCUUCAUUCAGGAGGAUGUGUCCGGGCUUGUUGUCUUUGCUGGCACCGUAGUUAAUCCUCUUCUUUGAGAUGGGGUAUGGCAUGCUGCCGGAUAUGAUGUUUAGUUUAUACUAGUAAUUUGCAUGUGCAUUUUAGAAUAGCUAGCCAACGCAUUCCUAAUUUUUUAGUGAUGCAUUUUUUAGAUCUUCAACUACUUGCUUGGGGGAUUCCGAUCUUUUUUCCUUUGAACGUCAUAAUAAAAGC